AUGACUCUAGCAAAGAACGUCGCACUGGUCUUUGGAGCCAGCGGUAUCUCCGGCUGGGCCGUCACCAAAUGCGCGCUCUCAUACCCCACGCCCACCACGUUUACCCGGGUGAUCGGCCUGACGAAUCGGCCCUUGCCUCUGGAGAAGAGUGGCUUACCGCAAGACCCGCGACUGGAAUUGCAUUCUGGAGUGAAUCUGCGAGGGAGCCUUGAUGAGGUGCUGGCUCAGUUGCAAGAGAAGGUUCCCAACCUGGAAGAGGUCACGCACGUCUACUACCUUGCCUACUCCAACGCAACUGCAUACUCGGUAGACGUGAUGGCCAUCCGGGACAUCAACGUGGGAAUGACCUACAACGCCGUCCACGCCGUCGACCGCCUAUGCAAGAACCUCAAAUUCUUCGUGCUCCAAACCGGAACGAACAACUACGGAGUCGCAGUCUUCCGCUUCCAAGAGCACAUCGAGAUCAACCCGCCCCUGCGCGAAGACAGCCCGCGCAUCCCCUCCCCCUGGGGCGACGAAAUCUUCUACUACGCGCAGGUCGACCUGCUCAAGGAAGCCAACCGGGGCAAAUCGUGGAAAUGGUGCGAGGUCCGCCCGGACCAGAUCGUCGGCCACGUCCCCAUCCCAACAAGCAUGACCUACGUCGAGCCGCUGGCGCUGUACCUCAUGCUCUACCGCUACGUGCAUGGCGCGGGCUCGACAGUGAUCUUCCCAGGCCCGUACACAAACUACACGCACACAUACACGUCCUCGUCGCAGGACAUCAUCGCGCGCUCGGAACUGUACCUCUCCAUCGAGAAGCCAGACCAAGCGCACGGGGAGGCCUUCAACACAGCCGACAGCGCAACGCCCGACCCCUGGACAAUCGUGUGGCCGCAGAUCUGCGAGUAUUUCGGGCUAAAGGGGCAGGGCGCAGCUCUUGAGGACAAAGGGUGGAAGGAUAUCGAUAAGUGGUGGGUUGCGCAUCAGGGCGAGUAUCAGCGGAUGUGUGGGGAGUAUGGGCUGCGGGCGAGGGAAAUUCCUCAGGAGACGUGGACGUUUAUGGCUGCGGGGUUCAGUUUUCUGGGGAGGGAUCGCGAGAUGAGUUUGGAUAAGAUUCGGAGCCUUGGGUUUAGCGAGGAGUAUCCGGCUGCGGCGGGGUAUCUUAAGGUGUUUGAGCGCUUGGAGGGGGAGAGGAUUAUUCCUGGCAAGGGGGAGUGGAGGGAGUAG